CUUCCAGAUCCUGGGCAGCCUCACGCUGGAUGCAAUGUAUUCUGUUUAUGCCUCAGAGCCUUAUCUUUUUGGCUCGGGGUUAGCGGCAACUGUUCUCCCAAAUGGAGAGCCUGUUUCUCAGAUGGUUCCUUUGUCUCCUAUUGGCUGAAGUGCAGCAGAUGUAGGAGGGAAUGGGAGUGAAGUGCUUGACGGCUGCUCCGCAACAUGAAUCAAGGUGCACAGUGCAGAGCAAUCCAUUCCGUAUGGGCUGCGCCGAGCAUUCUGGCCUUUCUUUGCAGUAAGUUAAUAAUACAUUGUUGUGUAGGUUAUUCCGAGGCAGCAGUAAUGUAAUGCACCCAGGGGGGCUUCUCUGACAAGCAAUCACCCGUCUGCUUCCACUUGGAUAAAUACGGCCUUUCUCUGAGCAAUUCUUUCAAGAGAAUAAGAGGCAGUUCCAGUCUUGCUCUUUAGAAACCCAUGGAAGCAUUAAGAGCUGAAUGAAUGGAAGAAUGUUCUUGUGUGCAUAACCCUCAAUUUGCAAAGCUCCGCUGCAGGCUGCAUCAAGUUCUAUCUUGCCUGCCGCACCUUCCCCGAGCUGCAGAGAUCCUACAGAAUAGCCACUCGGGCUCAUUGCCACCCUGCUGCACUGGCACAGCGCUAAUGGAUUCCUACUAAACCUCCAGAGCACCGAGCAGGUCGCUGCCUUCCGUUGCAGCCCGCAUGAAAUGAAUUCUCCCGACUCCUGCCUGACUCCGUCCGAAUUCACGGGGCCGCAGCUCGCCACCAUGAGACAACUGACAGAUGCCGAUAAACUGCGCAAGGUCAUCAGCGAGCUUCUGGAGACAGAACGCACAUAUGUUAAGGAUUUAAACUGUCUCAUGGAACGCUAUCUGAAACCUCUGCAGAAGGAGACAUUUCUCACCCAAGAUGAGCUCGACGUGCUCUUUGGGAACCUCGUGGAGAUGGUCGAAUUUCAGGUCGAAUUCCUUAAAACCCUUGAAGAUGGGGUGAGACUGAUACCGGACUUGGAGAAGCUGGAAAAAGUUGAACAAUUCAAGAAAGUGUUGUUUUCCCUGGGUGGAUCUUUUCUCUAUUACGCCGACCGGUUCAAGCUGUACAGUGCCUUCUGCGCCAGUCAUACAAAAGUCCCAAAAGUAUUAGUCAAAGCCAAGACCGACUCUAACUUCAAAGCGUUUCUUGAUGCUCAAAAUCCCAAGCAGCAGCAUUCCUCCACGCUGGAGUCCUACCUGAUUAAGCCAAUCCAGCGCAUCCUCAAAUACCCUCUGCUGCUCAAAGAACUCUUUUCCCUGACCGACGCCGAGAGCGAAGAACAUUAUCAUCUUGAUGUGGCUAUCAAAACCAUGAACAAAGUGGCCAGCCACAUAAAUGAGAUGCAGAAAAUCCACGAGGAAUACGGAGCGGUGUUUGAUCAGCUUAUAGCGGAGCAGAGUGGGGAAGUAAAAGAGGUGGCCGACUUGUCCAUGGGAGACCUGCUGUUACACAACACAGUCGUUUGGCUUAAUCCACCUGCAUCCUUGGGCAAGUGGAAAAAGGACCCCGAACUGGAAACAUUUGUCUUUAAGGCUGCCGUGGUCUUGGUGUAUAAGGACAGCUCCAAGCAAAAGAAGAAGCUGGGGGGAUCCCAUCGAGCAUCCAUGUUUGAAGAUCGAGAUCCAUUUCGUUUCCGUCACAUGAUUCCAACCGAGGCUUUGCAAGUUCGAGCCAUGACGACUUCAGAUGCAGAAACCAACUCUGUCUGUGAGAUUGUUCAUGUGAAAUCAGAGUCAGAGGGAAGACCAGAGAGAGCCUUCCACUUGUGCUGCAGUGACGCGGGGCGUAAGAAGGAGCUUCUAAGGGCCGUGCACUCUGUUCUGCGUGACAAGCACCGGCGGCAGCUGCUGAAAACAGAAAGUUUACCCAACUCCCAGCAAUACGUCCCGUUCGGAGGGAAGAGACUGUGCGCAUUGAAAGGUGCCCGUCCCACCAUGAACCGAGCAGUUUCAGCGCCGAGUAGGUCCCUCGCCAGGCGAAGGCGACUCGUGAGAAACCGCUUCACCAUCGAUUCCGACACAGUCUUCUCGACAAACCCCGAUAAAGAUUCCGACCAGGAGGCCGAGCCUUCGCCGCCCCAGCAGUCGUCAAACAGCGGCGACACGGACCGCUGGGUAGAAGAGCAAUUCGACCUGGCGCAGUACGAAGAGCAGGACGACGUUAAGGAGACGGACAUACUGAGUAGUGACGAUGAGUACUGUGAGUCUAUAAAGGGGGGCUCCAUGGAAAAGGAUCUGAGCGAGCAAUUGGAGGCCACCUCUCUUUCUAGUAACCCAGUGGGCACCAAAGUCCAGGACACGAGUACGCAUGCCUCUCGUAUGGCUCAGCUGAAGAAACAAAGUGCGUUCUCCGGCAUGAACGGCAGCAUUGAGAGCAACGCGGAGGAAGUCAUAUGGGUGAAACGGGAAGACUUUGUCCCUGUCAGGAAACUCAACACCGAAAUCUAGCGAAAGUGUUCUGCUUUGCCCUUUAUACGAGAAGUCCUGUCAGAAUAGUUCCCGUGCACUGUGGAAAGUGAUCUUUUUAGAAUGCACACUUGCACGCACAACAUUGGCAGCUAAAAACGGCCCAGGGGCCACAUAUAUCCGGGUUACAGUAAUUCACAACAAACAAGCCCACGUUCCCACCCUUUGAUGUGUAAAACAGAAGGGCUUGUUAAUCUUAUUUAUUGUAAAACAAUCAGGGUUUGGAGAGAAUGGGAAAUGCUGACUGAAAGGAUAGGGGGCAAACGGUGGGUGGGAGUGUGGCGCCCCCUAAGGGUGGUGGCACACGGGGAGAUUAGUCGCCAAUCUUCGUUAAUAAUCUCCCGAAAUGUCUUCCCGCUGGCAAGAAUACGAAUCGCUGGCAGGAUGACAUACGUAUUGCUUCGGUUCUCCAAAUCGGCCAAAGUUGCCUCUCGAGGAACUUCGGAAAAUGAAGCAAUGCGUCAGCGAUUCGUAUUCUUACCGACGGGAAGACAUUUCAGCGAAGAAGUGACACUGGCCGACUAAUCUCCCCGUCCACCCCCACCCUAACUCUGGGCAAUGGAAGUGAGCACAAGGAGCAAACGGGAACCUUCAUCGCGGUCCGUUAUUCCAUUCUUGUUUUUGCUGCCUUUCACUCGCGUCGGAGAAUCCAACGUUCCCUAUCCCACUUCGGUGUCAGCCUGUAGUAGUAGCUUUGUAUUUGGCGAGUGUUCCAGGAACAGACUUGGCUUUUAUGUUGUAAAGCUAUUAUUAUUAUUUACUUUUUAUUUUGGUAUAUUUGCUGGUUAUUUAAUAGUUACGUUUGCGCUGCGCAUACAUUUUUUAACAUUUGAGACCAAUUCUCAACGAUGCCAAACUCUUAACUAGAGACCCCGAGGAAACACUUGAAAAAAAACAAAAAACAAAAGAAUUAAAAAUAUAUAUCUUUUUGUAUUUAUACCUUUUACAUUCAGGGACACCAGGGAUCAGGGGUGUGGGGCAUUUUACAUUGUAAAGUUACAGGAUAAAGAAAUCUAGUCUUUCAUAGGAGAUAGGACACAGUAGUUUUUUAUGCAUAUUAUAUAUAUAUAUAUAUUUAAUACAAAAAAACAUGCACAGGUCAACACUUAAGACAGUUCCCCAUUUUAUAAGUCAUUCCUCCAUUCUACAUUGAGGCAGGGCUGUCCAACGAACAGAUUGUUCUGUCCAAAGCAUCUUUAUGACAUCAUCUCUUUAAUGAUGUCAGUGGUUUGAAGAAUAACUCCUAAGCCGUGGAUGUAGAGACAGCAGUGCAUUAGGGUGGUCAUCAUUUGUAGAGUUCAGAAUGACAUGGAAAUGGAGAUAGCCCAAGUUCUCUUUGGAGGCCCAAUGGUAGCCUUUAAUUGACAGCCCUGUUACCAACCAUAAAUUGUCCAUUCCUUGCACUUGGUACAUUAAAAGUGCAGGCUUGUUGACAUCUUCCAACUUUUCCCCCUUUGGACCAGUUUUUUUUUUUUUUGGAAUCCUUCAGGCUGUGGCUUCCUGGCAGUUGCUGAGCUAGAACUCAAUGGGAGUUGACAGUUGGGCAGUGCCACCACUGAUAUCCCUGUUCUUAGCCAACACAAAUUCUGUACGAUCAUGCUUUUGCUCUCACGUGGAGACGGUAACUGUUGUGCAAUUCAUUUGCCUUGACAUCUUCAUGUUGAUGGAAGUGCUGCUGAACCUGCUCAUGGGCCAGAGGGACCAGUCGCUGUAAUAGUGGCCCUGGCUCUGAAGGGUGGCAUGGCAACUUUCUAGGUAAGGUUCCAUUGUGAUGUGUAAGUGGCAACAUCAGCUGUGACCUUGCUCUUGUUUUUUUGCUGCUUAAAAUCCCAGUCCAUCUGAUUUGGGGUUGGCGUGACCGUGACGUUUGCAGUCCAUGCACAAAGCUUUUUUUGAGGAAAUAAAAAAAAUAAAAUAUAUAUAUAUUUUAUCCUUUGUAACUCUAUUGUCAUUUGAUGGCACCUGCAGUUCACUUGUGUAUGACCUACUUGAUAGCCUGAGAUAAGCAGUCUUGUUGUGUACUGUAGCCAAGCAGAAUAUGGUCAAUUGUGAAAAACUGGAAAGUCUGGUGCUUUUAAAGGUACCGCACCCUGUACAUAUUGUCAGGACAUGUCUUAUGUCACACGUUCUUAUAUAUUUCUUUUAUAAGCGGAAAGAAGGUCUAUUUUUAUGUUUUUAGUUCAAUGAAUGAAAAGUUGUAAAUGCCUGUCAAACAAUAAAAUAUUAAAGAAA